GCAGAAGACUGCCUCUCGCUGUCCCAGCUGCUUCCCUCCCUCAUUCCCUCCCUGGCUCUCUCUUUCUCUUUCUCUCUUUCUCUCUCUCAGCCUCAUUCCAUUAUUCGCUCUCUGCCCACCGUGGCGAUGGGAUCAGGUAGGGCCAGGAGGAACAGGAAGAAAUCGACCAAGAGGAAACUGCCGUCUCCGUAGAAACAAACGCACACAUAUAGCCUUGAGCAUCACUUCCCCAGCAGUGGAUACCAUAGAGGAUUCUUCUUAUAUUGUGACUGAGACCUCCAUCCCUCCAUCACCACGUUUUGUCUAAAGAGGGACUGGUAUCGUCUUCACUUUGCAAGGUUUUAUAUUCACAUUUUUGGAAGUCGCCUCACUUUUUUAUUUUUAAAGAUAAUAAAGGAUACCCCCAGUCUUUGAGCCAUGGCGCACGCUGCGUCCCAGCUAAAGAAGAAGGCGGAUUUGGAGCUCACGGCUGCCGAGGAGGAGAAGGAGAAGAAGAGGAGAACCAGGAAGAGGUCCCGGGAAACGAAGAAAAAGACUGACACCAACGCCAGUUAUCUCCGAGCAGCCCGGGCUGGAAACCUAGAGAAAGCCCUUGAUUACCUGAAGUCUGGAGUCGACAUCAACAUCUGCAACCAGAAUGGCCUGAACGCUCUUCAUCUCGCCUCCAAAGAGGGCCACGUGGAGGUAGUGGCACAGCUUAUUAAACUGGGGGCCACUGUUGAUGCAGCAACAAAGAAAGGAAAUACUGCUCUGCACAUAGCUUCCCUGGCCGGCCAGGCAGAGGUGGUCAAAGAGCUGGUGAACAAUGGGGCCAAUGUCAACGCACAGUCUCAGAAUGGCUUCACGCCACUCUACAUGGCUGCCCAGGAGAAUCACCUGGACGUGGUACGCUUCCUGCUGGACAACGGCUCCAGCCAGAGCAUCGCCACUGAGGACGGCUUCACCCCGCUGGCUGUGGCGCUGCAGCAGGGCCAUGACCAGGUGGUCUCUCUGCUCUUGGAGAAUGACACUAAAGGGAAAGUGCGGCUCCCUGCGCUUCAUAUUGCCGCCCGCAAAGACGACACCAAGGCCGCUGCGCUGCUCCUGCAGAACGACCACAACGCUGACGUCGAAUCAAAGAUGAUGGUGAAUAGAACGACAGAGAGUGGCUUCACCCCACUGCACAUUGCAGCGCACUACGGCAACAUCAAUGUUGCUACACUGCUCCUCAACCGUGGAGCUGCCGUGGACUUCAAAGCCAGGAAUGACAUCACACCUCUCCAUGUGGCAUCAAAAAGAGGAAACAGCAACAUGGUCAAGCUGUUACUUGAGCGAGGAGCACGGAUUGAUGCCAAAACCAAGGACGGUCUAACGCCUCUCCAUUGUGGAGCCAGAAGUGGGCACGAACAGGUCGUGGAGAUGCUGCUGGACCGUGGAGCUCCGAUCCUGUCCAAGACCAAAAACGGUCUGUCUCCGCUGCACAUGGCCACGCAGGGAGACCACUUGAACUGUGUCCAGCUCCUGCUCCAUCACGAUGUGCCUGUGGAUGACGUCACCAACGACUACCUGACCGCUUUGCAUGUGGCUGCCCACUGCGGACACUACAAGGUGGCCAAGGUCAUUUUGGAUAAGAAGGCUAACCCAAAUGCCAAAGCACUGAAUGGUUUUACACCGCUCCACAUCGCCUGCAAGAAGAACAGGAUCAAAGUGAUGGAGUUACUGCUGAAGCACGGAGCGUCCAUACAGGCAGUGACAGAGUCGGGUCUCACGCCGAUUCAUGUGGCUGCCUUCAUGGGACACGAAAACAUCGUGACUCAGUUGAUGAAUCAUGGAGCGUCGCCAAACACAACCAACGUUAGGGGAGAGACAGCACUCCACAUGGCUGCAAGGGCCGGACAGACAGGAGUGGUCAAAUUCCUGGUCCAGAACGGAGCACAUGUCGACGCUAAGUCCAAGGAUGACCAGACGCCGCUGCAUAUCUCCAGUCGUCUGGGAAAGCCUGAUAUCGUUCAGCAGUUGCUGCAGCAUGGAGCAUCUCCGGACUCCACCACCACAUCAGGAUACACACCUCUGCACCUGGCUGCGCGCGAGGGACACAAAGACGUGGCUUCAAUCCUGCUUGACCAGGGUGCUUCACUGGGCAUCACCACCAAGAAGGGAUUCACUCCACUACAUGUGGCAGCUAAAUAUGGCAAGAUUGAGGUAGCCAACCUCCUGCUGCAGAAGAGGGCCCCUUCAGAUGCAUCUGGAAAGAGCGGACUAACUCCACUGCAUGUAGCUGCGCACUAUGAUAACCAGAAAGUGGCACUUCUCCUCCUGGACCAGGGAGCCUCCCCCCAUGCUGCUGCCAAGAAUGGCUACACGCCUCUGCACAUAGCUGCCAAGAAGAAUCAGAUGGAGAUUGCCACCACACUUCUUGAGUACGGAGCAGACACCAAUGCCAUUACCCGGCAGGGCGUUAGUCCUCUUCACCUCGCCGCCCUGGAGGGCAAUAUGGACAUGGUCACCCUCCUUUUGGCCCGCGAUGCCAUCAUCAACCUUUGCAACAAGAGUGGGCUGACUCCUCUUCACUUAGUGUCGCAGGAGGACAAAGUGAAUGUGGCAGAAGUGCUGGUUAACCAUGGCGCUGUAAUAGACCCUGAGACCAAGACGGGGUACACUCCACUGCAUGUCGCCUGUCACUAUGGCAAUGUGAAGAUGGUGCACUUCCUCCUGAAGAACCAGGCUAAAGUCAAUUCUAAAACAAAGAAUGGGUACACACCCCUGCACCAGGCUGCACAGCAAGGCCACACACACAUCAUUAACCUUUUGCUGCAGCAUGGAGCAUCCCCCAACGAACUCACCGUGAAUGGAAACACGGCUUUGUCCAUUGCCAGGCGGCUGGGUUACAUUUCGGUGGUGGACACUCUCAGGGUUGUGACGGAAGAGACGCUGACCACACUGACGGUAACCGAGAAGCAUAAGAUGAAUGUUCCAGAAACAAUGAACGAAGUUCUGGACAUGUCUGAUGACGAAGUUCGUAGAGCCAAUGUACCCGAAAUGCUCAAUGAGGACUAUAUUUCAGAUGUUGACGAAGGUGAGGAUGCGAUGACGGGGGACACGGAUAAGUACCUGGGCCCUCAGGACCUGCGCGAGUUGGGUGAUGACUCACUGCCUCAGGAGGGUUAUGUGGGCUUCAGCAUUGGAGCCCGUACUGCGAGUCCUAAAGUCAGCCUGCGCUCCUUCAGUUCGGAUAGGUCCAACACACUGAACCGGAGCUCUUUCACCAGGGACAGUAUGAUGAUCGAAGAGAUCCUGGCGCCCACCAAGGACACGGGCGUCUGUAAAGCGAUGCCCUUCAUUGUUGAACCCCAAAAUAAGCACCUGGCUGUAGCCAAAGAAUAUGACGCUGACUCUCUGAGGCGCUACAGCUGGGCAGCAGACACCUUGGACAACGUCAACCUGGUUUCAAGCCCCAUCCACUCCGGCGUUUCCUCUCCGCUCCCUCAAUAUGACUCCAGGUUCUUGGUCAGCUUCAUGGUGGAUGCCCGCGGCGGCUCCAUGAGGGGGAGCCGCCACAACGGCAUGCGCAUCAUCAUCCCGCCGCGCAAGUGCACGGCCCCCACCCGCAUCACCUGCCGCUUGGUCAAGAGGCACAAGCUGGCCUCCCCGCCCCCCAUGGUGGAGGGAGAGGGGCUGGCCAGCCGCCUGGUGGAGGUGGGACCCUCCGGAGCUCAGUUCUUGGGUAAACUCCAUCUUCCCCGAAAACUUCCCCCUCUUAAUGAGAGCGAGAGCUUCGUUAGCCGAAUCCUGCAGCUUGGGCCCCGAGGAACAAAAUUUAUUGGCCCAGUGAUAGUGGAGAUCCCUCACUUUGGUUCCAUGAGAGGGAAGGAGCGCGAGCUGAUCAUCCUCAGGAGUGAGAACGGCGAGACAUGGAAGGAGCACCAGUAUGACUGCAGGACUGAAGCCCUCAAUGAGCUACUCAACGGCAUGGACGAAGAACUGGACAGUGUAGAGGAUCUGGAGAAGAAGCGCAUCUGUAGGAUCAUCACUAAAGACUUCCCGCAGUACUUUGCGGUGGUGUCACGGAUUAAGCAGGAGAGUAACCAGAUGGGUCCUGAGGGAGGGGUUCUGUCCAGCAUGACUGUUCCUCUAGUCCAGGCCUCUUUCCCUGAAGGAGCACUAACCAAGAAGAUCAGAGUUGGACUUCAGGCCCAACCAGUACCAGAUGAGACAGUGAAGAAGAUCCUGGGGAAUAGAGCCACAUUCAGUCCCAUAGUGACAGUAGAGCCACGCAGGAGGAAGUUCCACAAACCCAUCACCAUGACCAUCCCUGUACCUCCCCUUUCAGGGGAGGGCGUGACCAAUGGCUACAAAGGAGAUUCCACACCUUGCUUACGCCUUCUGUGCAGCAUCACAGGCGGCACAUCCCCAGCGCAGUGGGAGGAUAUUACUGGCACUACUCCUCUCACCUUUCUGAAUGACUGCGUCUCUUUCACUACCAAUGUAUCUGCCAGGUUCUGGCUUGCAGACUGCCAUCAGAUUCCAGAGACUGUAGGUCUGGCCACACAGCUCUACAGGGAGCUCAUCUGUGUGCCCUACAUGGCCAAGUUUGUAGUGUUCGCCAAGAUGAAUGACCCUGUAGAAUCCAAUCUGAGAUGCUUCUGCAUGACGGACGACAAAGUGGACAAGACCUUAGAGCAGCAGGAGAACUUUGAGGAGGUGGCCAGAAGCAAAGACAUUGAGGUUUUGGAAGGCAAACCAAUCUAUGUGGACUGCUAUGGUAAUUUGACCCCUCUGACAAAAGCUGGACAGCAGCUGGUUCUUAACUUCUUCGCAUUUAAAGAAAACAGACUCCCAUUCUGUGUGAAGAUCAGGGACAACAGCCAAGAACCUUGCGGGCGACUGUCCUUCCUCAGGGAGAUGAAGACCUCAAAGGGGCUUCCCCAAACUGCUGUUUGUAAUCUAAACAUCACCCUGCCAGCGCUCAAAAAGGAUAUGGACUCAGAUGCCGAUGAAGAGACUGAAAAGCCAGAACGACGUCAUACCUUUGCAUCUCUAGCCUUACGUAAGCGCUACAGCUAUCUGACCGAGCCUGGAAUGAAAACAGUUGAACGAAGUACAACAAGAACACUGCCUGCUGGUUACGCUCACAAACCUGUCUUUUCAACAAGAUCUUACCAGGCAUGGUCGACUGCUCCUGUUACCAUCCCUGGGCAAACAAAAUGUGGACUGGGUUCCCUCUCAAGCUCACCUUCCAACACGCCAUCUGCUUCGCCACUAAAGUCAGUCUGGUCAAUAUCCUCAGCUUCUCCACUCAAGUCCACCCUGGGAACCACAAAUGCAUCUCCUGUUAAGUCUGUUAGCGACAUAGCAUCACCCAUUAGAACUUACAGAUCUAUCUCAUCUCCCAUAAAGACUGUUAUUCAGCAAGCCCAGUACCCUGUUCCGGUUUCUACUGGUCUCAUAUCUUCAUCUCUUAAAACCAGUACAGACCCCGUGUCCAUUAAGGGACUUGCGGCUUCAAUGUCUUCAAGACCCAUCUCUGUGUCAUCGCCUGGGUCCAUUCUUGAUAGAACCUUUACCACAGUGAUCCCACCUGAACCUCCAAAAUCAACUGCAAAUUUGUACACGUCUGCCUUCAAAUCAACUUUUACCUCCACAGCCACUGCAGUAGCGUCCCCCAUUAGAACCAUAUCAAGUCGGUCAACUCUCAAAACUACUGCAGAUGGAGCUCCAAUUUCUAAGGGAACAAUUCUAUCAUCACUCACUUCAUCAGCAAAGCCUGCUGUUGUCUCCACUGAAACAGCACUACUUAAUGGAUCUAUUUCACCACUCAAAUAUCCACCUUCUUCUUCUUCAUCAUCCCGUCUGUUCUCAGGAGGAACUUGCAGUUUGCAGGAGAGGAUACAAGCUACAACACAAACAGCCACCUCUUCUGCAAGCUUCAGCGAGGCUGAAAAAACUCUCCAUGCCUGCUCUGCAUCAGGCUAUGACACACUAAAAUCCAUGUCAUCUCCUUUAAGAUCAAAUGUAUCAACUUCAGUUUAUGCCUCUCUUAGAUCACCAGCUUCCUCCAGCACCCCUGUAUCAUGUACUUCUAUGACUGUCCCAGUGUUCUCCCUAGUGAAUCUUCUCCCUGAGCCUCAAGAAAUGAAGGCAACGGACAAAAUAACAAUUACACCUCAGACAUACGCUCAAACACCAUCCUCUACUCCCAGAUCGAAACCCUCAAAACCCCCACUCUUCAUCCCUUCCGCAGCAUUUAAAGCAGCUACUGCCUCACAGUUGUCAUCCAGUCAAGAAAUUUUGAGAGAUGUGGCAGAUAUGAAAGAAGACCUGAUUAGAAUGACUGCCAUACUACAGACUGAUUCCACUCCUGUAGCUAAAACCUAUCAGUCUCAGGCUUCCAAAGAACCGAAAAUGGAUGACGAGGAACCUUUUAGUCUUGUUGAAAAAGUUAAAGAAGAUCUUGUGAAAGUCAGUGAAAUCCUCACCAAAGAUGUUCUGAGUGAGGCAAAGGUCUCCAAUAAGGACAAGGCUUCUGAGGAUGAAUGGGAGGAAUUCUCCAAAGAUGAAAUAGAAGAGGCUCAGCAAAGUGUCCUGAGAUCUCUUCCUACGUUUGAACCCACACUCCCAGUCAGACCACAAUCGGUGCAAGACAAAGAUCUCAAUUUAGCCAAGGUUGUUGAUUACUUAAUGAACGAUAUUGGUGCUAGCUCACUUUCCAAAAUUGCUGGGGUAAAAAGCAAAUACGAUGAAAUGAAAGAGGGAGAGGAAAAACAGAAACGCACCCUGAAACCUGAACAUAAGCUCAAAAUGCCACCUCCAGGCAUGCGCUCCUCUCCUUCAGAGAAGGACUUAUGCAAAUUAGCUGAUUCCUACAGUGGUACAGAUGCCAUUUUGGAAUCUCCUGAUGAUUUUUCCCAUGAGCAGGAUAAAAGCCCACUGUCAGACAGUGGUUUUGAAACCAGAAGUGAAAAAACACCCUCAGCUCCUCAAAGUGCAGAGAGUACAGGGCCCAAACCCCUCUUUACAGAUGUACCCAUUCCCCCAGUUAUAACAGAAACCAGAACAGAGGUUGUUCAUGUCAUUAGAAGCUAUGAACAUCCUGAGGAGCCUUGUGAGCCCCUAAUGGAAGAAGCAGCAGCCUUGAAGUCACCGUCUUGCAUUGAACCUGAGCCAACAGCUGGCUCUAUCAAGGAUAAAGUAAAGGCUUUCCAGAUGAAAGUUAAUUCUGAAGAAGACUCUCUAGUGAGCAAAAGCAUGCGUCUGAAAGAGGAAACUCACAUAACUACUACAACUAGAAUGGUCUACCACAACCACAAACCCCAGCUAAAAGAGGCAGGGUCAGAAAGGAUUGAAGAAACUAUGUCUGUUCGAGACAUAAUGAAAGCUUUCCAGUCAGGCAGAGACCCGUCCAAAGAAUUGGCUGGUUUAUUUGAACACAAGGCUGGUCAGGAUUCAAUCAAGGGGGAUGAAUUAACCCCACGGUUUCUUGAUAAGGACACAAAACCUAAAGUUGAAAGAAUAAUUGAGGUUCACAUAGAAAAGGGCAAUACAACAGAUCCAACAGAAGUAAUAAUCAGAGAAACAAAGAAACACCCAGACUAUGUUUGCAAAGGCAGCCGUAGUCUGAAGGAGCUCCCUGAUAGGGUUGAGGGUGCCUAUGAGGCUCUGCAGGAAGAGGAAGAGCUAGCUGAGGAAGCGCUGCCCUCUUUCUUGGAAACUUCCAGAGUCAAUACACCGGUGUCCCAAGAGGAGGACAGUCGUCCCAGUUCAGCUCAACUUAUUGCUGAUGACUCGUAUAAAGCUUUUAAACUCCUGACCCAGCACUCCAUUGAGUAUCAUGACGAUGAAUUAUCUGAGUUAAGGGGGGAGUCUUACAGAUUUGCUGAGAAAAUGCUCCUUUCUGAAAAAUUAGACAUAUCACAUUCUGACACUGAGGACUCAGUGACAAACCAGGGACAUGACAUGACCCCUGAGGUGCAUCUUUCAGAAGGGUUGUAUGGAGAAAAGGUAUCUGGCCCCAAGAAAGAACACAUUUUGAGGUCAGCAAGGGACACAUCAGACAAAGCAGGUAAAUUCACUCAUAAAGAUGAUCAGUAUGAUAAACUGACAGUGUUGCACUACACCACAGAGCCCGGUAGCCCCAAACAUGCAGUCUGGAUGCGCUUCACCCAAGAUAGGCAAGAUAGAAAUAGGGAGAAACUUAUAUAUGAAGAUCGUGUUGAUCGCACUGUUAAAGAGGCUGAAGAAAAACUAAGUGAGGUUUCACAGUUUUUCCGAGACAAAACAGAAAAGCUCAAUGAUGAGCUUCAGUCUCCUGAGAAAAAGCCACCCAUCAGAGACUCGAGAGAGACACGGUCAGGUCCAAGCUCAGUGUGUAGCAGUCCUGAGAAAACAAAGCAAAAGAGUGAAAUGGGCUCUGAGGAGUGGGGUAAAGGAAGGCAUAAAAUGUUCGGCAGCAUGAAUGAAAGAAAGAGUGCUAGUUUGCCGAGCAGCCCAGAAAGGCGUGUUCAGACACGCUUAGAUGAGGAGAAAUUAAAACAGGAAAAUGCUUUUCAACAGGCAAAGCAAGGUGAAACUUCUUCUUCAGUUCAAGUGAAAACUUCCAAAGUGAGCUCUGUUCGGCUAAAAUUUGAAGCAGAGGCCCAAAAGCAAGACAGAAGUGUUCCAACUACACAGUCUAAACCGUCUGUUAAAAAACUUCAAGAAAGUAAGUUACCUGUAUACCAACUUUUUGCUGGAUCAAAGACUUCCAAAACUGAUUCUACAGAAGAAGGGAAGCCUCAGAAAAAGGUGGCAGAUACUGAGAGAAGUAAGGUAGCCUCUAGUCAAGGUUUCUAUAGUAGUACAUUUGGUGUUGCGUCCUCAAGUGAACCAAGUGAGAAAGUGUCAGAAAAACUAGACACCAUUUCAGAUAGCACCUUUAAAAGAAAGAAGCAAUCUGAAAAAGUUACUGAAUCAGAAGCUGAGAAAAGCAAAAAGAUUGAUGAGGCCAGUGAGAUCAAAACUAGAGAAAGUGAUAAGAAACAAAUCCAUGACUCCUCAAAAGAUGUUAGUAGCACAGUUGAUAUCAAGGGCCAACAUUUGAAAACCGAAUCAGUUGUUAAGGAGAUGAAAUCACCUUUGAUCAAAAAGGAUCAUAUAGAUAGUGAUGAAUCACAGAUGAAGUGUCUUAAAAAAAGGACAGAAUCACAAAUUCCUGUGAGAACAAGUAUCCCAGACACUGAUCAAACAAAGAAAUGGAAACAAGACACAGUACUCAAACAAUCAGAAAAGAGCCCAUCACAUAUUCCUACCUUAGCUAAGCCAAGAGUUCAGGGUCGCUCAGAAGUCUCCAGGGAAGAAACUGCAACAAAGACAUCUCAGGAUUCUUAUGAGAGUAGUACUUUGAGAGAUCCAAGCUCAAGUGACACGGGUCCAGUGGAAAAGGUAUCUGUGGUCACAACCAGAGAAAGUUUUAAAGGACUGAAAACAUUACCAGUUUAUGUAAGUGUGCAAGUAGGAAAACAAGGUGAGAAAGAUUCCAUAGGCGGACAAAAUGGAUCUGUGAAAAAAAUGGUCAGUUCAGAGAGCCGAACCAUUUACGCAGUGAAACAGAGGCAGCCGACAUCCCCUCAGGGCAGCCCGGAAGAUGACACACUGGAACAGAUAUCUUUUCUUGAUAGUUCUGGUAAAAGUCCAAUGACACCAGAAACCCCCAGUAGCGAGGAAGUCAGUUACGACCUGACCUCUAGAACCCCUGACUCUUUCAUGGCAUUCAUACCAGGCAUUGCUAGCCCAAUUGCUGAGGUCUCAGAAGAAUCUGAGGAGUCAGAGCAAGGUAAAGCAAGCUCAUUUAAGGAACUUGUACCAGAAAAAGUUUUUGUUGCUGAGCCAGCCAGUAGGAGUCACGACACUGAGCAGGCAAGUAAAGACAAGCGAGUUGCAUACAUUGAGUUUCCUCCUCCCCCUCCCUUGGAUUCUGAUUCAUCACAACCUGAGAAAAAAGGAUCCUCUCCUUCCUCAGAGGCUGAGACUGAUAUGAUGGAGGUGAACCUCCAGGAGGAACAUGAUAAGCAUCUGCUUGCUGAGCCCAUAAUUAGAGUCCAACCUCCUUCCCCUGUGCCCCCAGGAGCUAAUGACAGUGACUCAAGUGACGACGAAUCCGUUUUUCAGCCCAUUCCAGUAAAGAAAUAUACCUUUAAGCUUGAGGACCAUGAAAAAGAUGAGAAGGAACCCAAACCCAAAAAUCCUGACAAGAAUGGGAACCAAAAAGAACCUGGGAUGAAUGGCAAUGGAAAAAUAGAGGAUUAUGACUAUGAACAAAAUGGCAACGAUCAGUCUAUUACAGACUGCUCGAUAGCAACAACUGCUGAGUUCUCUCAUGACACAGAUGCCACAGAGAUUGAUUCUCUAGAUGGAUAUGACUUUCAAGACGAGGAUGAUGGACUCAAUGAUGUAAAUGAUAUAAAACCAUUUGGAUUUUCCAGUGACAACAGAAAGGACAUUUGGGCGUCGGAAAGUAUGCUUAGGCCUAGUGACCGUUCUUUCAGCCAAAGUAAACUUGAAGUAAUUGAAGAGGAAUCGCCUACCGAGGAGUACAAAAAAGCAAAAACAAAGAGUGACUCUCCUGUUAAAAAAUCAGAAAAUGGAAAAGACAAUGAAAAGGAGAAAAAACAGUCAAGGCAAGAGGGACUGUCAGAGACUUACUUUAGCUACAAACUAGAGGAAGAGUUCAACACCCCUUUCAAAACUGUCGCCACGAAAGGCUUGGACUUUGAUCCUUGGCCAAGUAAAGGAGGAGAUGAUGAAGUUGUUGAUGCUAGGAUUAAAGAUGAUGAGCCCAAGCCUUUUGGGCUAGCUGUUGAUGACAAGUCUCAAACGACUACCCCUGACACAACCCCCGCAAGAACUCCAACUGAUGAAAGCACGCCGACUAGCGAACCUAACCCUUUCCCCUUCCACGAAGGGAAGAUGUUUGAGAUGACCCGCAGUGGUGCGAUUGACAUGAGCAAGCGGGAUUUUGUUGAAGAGAGGCUCCAGUUUUUUCAGAUUGGCCCUCACAGUCCUUGUGAGAGGACAGACCUGCGCAUGGCUAUAGUGGCUGAUCAUCUUGGCCUGAGCUGGACUGAGCUAGCCAGGGAAAUGGAUUUCUCAGUUGAUGAGAUAAAUCACAUCCGUGUGGAGAACCCCAACUCACUGACGACUCAGAGUUUCAUGCUGCUAAAGAAAUGGGUUAGCAGAGAUGGUAAAGAUGCCACAACGGAUGCCUUAACUGCAGCGCUGACAAAGAUCAAUCGGAUGGAUAUUGUGACAUUGCUGGAAGGGCCAAUAUUUGACUAUGGUUACCACAGCAUCGAUCUGGAGCUGCAGAGUCCCACAGAGUUGAGCUAUGAACCCCCCACCCCUCUCCAAAAGGAUGAUUUCUUUAGCGAGGACGGUAGUAUAGUCUCGCCCAUUAGAGCCCUCAUUAGGCCCAGUGAAUUGUCCUUACCCAACACCUCCAAGGAAGCAGCCGCCUCCAACACAGCACCCCCUACUGUUGUAGCUGAGGACACUUCUCUGGGGGGCAGAGAAUCUUGUAGUCGAGAGGGGGGCUCGACUGAAGAUGAUGCGGAGGUCAGCCGCGAUUCGAUGACCUUUUUGGAAGCCCAGGACUGUGAGGAAGCGUCCAAAGAUUCAGACGUGUUCACCCAACCCGCAGUGACUCAACCAGAGGUCUCUGGGCUGCGAGAGAGCGGCUGGUCUGGUUUUGAGGAAGGAGAAAUGGAAAUGACCCAGGAGCAGCUCAUGUCUCUGUUGAACAACAUUAAGUUGGAGGAAGGCUCAGAGGAUGUGGAGAUAACUGAGGAAAGAGUGCAAGAGAUUCUAUCUCAAGUGGAACAGGCAGAAAAAGAGAUGUCUUCACUUGCAGGGUUGCAAAGUGAAGCUUCCAGCACCAACAAGGAGACAUCAGCUUCAGGUCAAGGACUGAAAGGGCAGAAAGAGAGCAGCCAAAAGCCCACGUCCUCUGUCCAUGAGCUGCAAGCCGAAAAGCAGAACGGGGAACAUCCUGAGCACCAAGCCAAAGCUGGCUCACUGCCUGAGGCCCAUGAGCCAUCCAUCAAGCUGAAGGGCAAAGCUGAGAAGGACUCUGGGAAGGAAGACGUGAGCAGAGAGGCUGCGGACGACAGCACAGCUGGGUCGAGCACCAAGGACGAGGGCACAGCACAGCCUAAAGCCCAGCAGGGAGCGCAUAGAGACAAUGACUCCAGCUCUGAUGAGGAACAGACAGUCACUACCAGGGUGUAUCGGAGAAGGGUGAUUCUGAAGGGCGAUCAGGCUAAAAACAUUCCUGGCGAGUCAGUGACAGAGGAGCAGUUCACAGAUGAAGAUGGCAACAUUGUCACCAGAAAAGUCAUCCGGAAAGUGGUGCGGCGUGUGGCUGGAACAGAGGAGAAGGGCAGGAGGAAGAAAGGCAGGCGCUCCAGGCAGGCCUCUAGGGCCGGGGAAGAAGAGGAGGGACCCGCUAGGGAGUGCCCUGAGGUCGCAGAGGAAGCCAAGGGAAAGAAGAAAGAAGGGAGACAAAGAGAGAAAAAGGGUCAAUCAUAACAGCUGCGUGUUCAACAUGAUCUGCACUUGUUUCAUAAUUGUUUUCCUGGGAAUGAGAUCACUGGAAAUGCAACGGCAGAAGAUCAGUGGACGGGGGGUUGUGUUCAGCUUUCACAUAAACGCAUGGUUUUCAGGAAGAGGACUUUUUUUGAUUUCGCAUGAGCAUGAAAAAAAAAACUCAUUCUUUCUGUCAGUGGCACAGGACACCCAAUCGGUGCCACGAGACCGCCGUCGGUGUGAUGCUUCUUCUGCGCCGAACGUGGGAGGAGUGCCACAUGCAAAACAUUGGCACCCAAGCAAUUCCGUGACCAAAGAUGGGAAAAGAAAAAAAAAAAAAAAAACGAAAAAGAGCAUCAUGGACUGACAGAAACCUAGGGACACUGUUUUUUAAUAUCACCUUCUCCACUCGCCUUACAUUUUUUUCUUCUCGGACCCAGAGCGUCGGGCUGUAUAAUGCUGAUUUUGGAGAUCUUGUAUAUAAAUCAAAACUGUAUAAAUUCUAAAGAGAAGUAGCUCACAAAAUUGUGAAUGCACUGGCAAGAGAGGUUUGCAGAGUGCGUUGAAAUAAAAUGAAUGAAAUGAAAUGCUGAUGCUGAUUUAAACUUUAAGGAAGAGCUUGGGUGUAACUCCACAUGUAUUUGUGUAAUUAUUCACAGAAAAAAAAUGUUUUUACGAGAACAGGCUUGCUUGGUUUUAACAGCUGACUUUUCUUUUAAACCUACUCUCAAUAAUGGCAACGGAAUCGGCGUAGCUGUAGUCCUGUUGAAAGAUUCUCAGAGUACUAAUAUUUUGAUGCAUGUGAUUCACUUUAUUUUUGAUUUCUUUUUAAACCACAUAACGAGGACAUUCUGUGUGCACACUCAUAGCCCUGCCGUUCGUCACUAAUAUUGUUUUCUAAAGACACCACUGCACCGUCAGACUCCAGGGGAGGGUGAAUGGACACGAUUCAUGUACCACUUCAUAAGGAUUCACUGUGUCCCUACACGCAGCUAAAGGUUUCCUACGCUAUGCAGUCACAGCCAGGCCUGAAGCCGGAGAGGUGGAGCGAAUGUAUCACGUCGACUGGCACGCUGUAAACUUUUAACUGUUCUUAUGUGUAUUGGUUCUAAGAUGUAAAGGUCUUUCUGUAAGCCGACCAUUUGUAACCAUUCUAGCCGUGUUUUACUAGGUUUCAAGGCUGCUGUGGUCUCAAGGGGCAUUUUUAUUUGGGUUUUGGUGAAAUAUUUCCUUAUGUUGAGUAUAAUCAAAAGAGAUCACCUUCAGGCAUUCAUCGAUCCAUCUGAUAACAAACGUAUGACAAAAACAUACACUGGAUGAUUGAAGUAAUUAUUUAAGCUUAAAAUAAAUUGUGUUCAAACUCUCAAAA